ACUCUAUUCAAGCUUCAAGAUCGACUUAUUUUCGGACCAGUAGAAAAGCUUCCAUGUCCGUACCCAACUACGUCCUUAUGACCAAGAUGAUAUGUAUUACAGCCAUUGCGGAUUCUGAUGUUCUACUCAACUCCCAAUCGCAUCGUCCCUCCCACAUCUGCGGCGGCCUAUGAGACUGUAUUCUGGCACCCUGUGCACAAAGCUAUGCUACUCUCUCUUCCAUCUGGCGCCGAUGCAUGAUCUGUCCACCGAUGUCGGAGUGCAUCCCUCAUAUCCUACACCUUUUGGCACUCACAAGUGCUCAACCUGACACUAGUCCAUCUACGGCUGAGGACGUUUGCUGCAACCCUCGUAGGGAGGUUUGCGAACUGGAGAAUUCAACUGCUUCAACCCUAAUCGUGUUCGUUGCCGAAGCUAUACUGCGCGUCGCAUACGCCUUUUGUCUUGUAGAGGAUUAAAAUGCCACGAUCCUAAUUUCUACGGUUGUUGCAUUCCUAAUUUUAACUCAU